AUGUCGGAAGAGCCCGAACCUUUGAAGCCGCUAAGGGCGCCAUUGCCUGGGGAUUCUCAAGGUUAUGGGUGGGAUGACCGAUACGAGGAGAUUGUUAAAAUCUUUCCACAUGAGCCGCUCGAGAAGUAUCUUAGAAACGGCUUCCACCCUGUGACUCUUGGUGAUAGGUUCUAUGACGGAAGAUACACCGUUAGACAUAAACUUGGGUUUGGUGGCAAUGCAACUGUCUGGCUGGUAAGAGACGGUCGCGAAAAUCAAUGGGUCGCUUUAAAGAUUAAACAAGCCAAAGCAUCUUUGGGCGAUAUUGAACAGGAUCCGGAGGUUAAAGCCAUGAAGCUACUCGAGCAUAAGUACACAAUCCACGGCUCUACCAAGCCAAGAUGUUUUAGUCGCCUGCUACACUACUUCCAACACAUCGGCCCGAAUGGAACCCAUACCUGUCUCGUGACUGAGCUUCUUGGACCAUCCAUAGAACAGAUGAUACGAGUGUUUGAUGCCAUGAUCCCUUGGGAUGACCCUGACUACCAAGAGGUCGAAACCUUCCGACCAGAUACCAUACUCAGAUCCUCGCGUCAGCUCUUAGAAGAUGUUAAAACCCUAAGGCUUUGGGGGAUCGUUCACGGAGGCAUGGAGGCCCACGCGUCUUUCUCUUUUCACAUUUCCCCUUCUAAUGUAUCCUUCACUUGCCAAGAUGCGGUUGACGACGAGGAGCUCAUAGAAGUACUAGGUGGCGAGCCUACUGUUGCAGAAUACUCAGCCUCAGAACCGCGAGCUAAGUGCCUUCCUAAGCACUUGGUGCGGGCGGCCACAUGGUGCGGCUGGUUUGACUGCCCAGAGGAGAGUAUCCGUCUGAUAGAUUGGGGAGAGUCCUUUUUGUCGAACGACAAAGUUUCAUUACUUUCCCAACCACUUAACUUACGAUCUCCGGAGACAUUUUUCAUUGGCUAUUUUGAUCACCAACAUGACUUGUGGAGAGCUGGUUGCGUGCGAAGACAUUUCGUUGUUACACUGGCUGAAAAAGCUGAAGACUUCGAAAAACCGGACUUCAUCGAAGAUGACUAUCAAGGGCUUAGCUGUCUUCUUAGUGUCAUGGAAGGGCUGAUGCAGCAUGAGCCACAUAAGCGCAUUACAUCGGCAGAAGCCUUAGCGAGGAUACAAUGGGUUGAUCAGUGGGUUUAUAAUGAGCCAGAGAACGAAGAAGAAUGA